AUGUUGAAACUACCACUCAAUAUGACACUUCGAUUCUCCAAAUUUGAUUUGAAGUGGUUACCCUUUGCAGAAAACGUGCAGCCUGAACUGCUAGGUGGCGCAGUUGCUCUUGUUGCUGUUGGCCUUACGGCUGCUUAUUUUUACUAUCGCAUGAAAUACCCCAAAGGUUGCUUGGACCCCAACAAAUUCAAAGAAUUUACACUCACAAAAAAGACCCAACUCAGCCACAACGUUGCAAGAUUCAGAUUUGCCCUUGAUACUCCAACUUCGGUAUUGGGCCUUCCUGUUGGAAAAAACAUACUUGUCAGGGGAAAAGAUAGCCAAGGAGAGGAAGUUUUGAGAUCUUAUACUCCAAUCACGUUGGAUUCAGAAGAUAUUGGUUAUUUUGAAUUAGUUGUGAAGAUGUACCCAAAUGGAAAAAUGUCGCACCAUUUUAGAGAAAUGAAGGAAGGUGACAAAUUGGCCGUGAAGGGCCCCAAGGGACGUUUCAGUUACAAACCUGGCCAAGUUAGGGCGUUUGGAAUGCUUGCUGGAGGUUCAGGCAUUACCCCAAUGUUUCAGCUCACAAAAGCCAUAUUGAAAAACCCUAAGGACAAAACAAAGGUGUACCUUUUAUACGCCAAUGUGACAGUGGAAGACAUUCUGUUAAAGGAAGAAUUAGAUAGCUUUGCAAACGAAUAUCCUGACCGUUUCAAAGUCUAUCAUGUUCUUAAUAAGCCUCCUUAUCCAUGGAAUGGUGGAGUUGGGUUUAUAUCGAAGGAGAUGAUUCAAACCCAUUGUCCUGCACCUGCCUCAGAUAUUCAGAUACUUAGGUGCGGCCCACCCCCUAUGAAUAAAGCAAUGGCUGCACACCUUGACGCACUUGGGUACACAUCAGACAUGCAGUUCGAGUUCUAG